AUGUCGCGCGGCUUCACGACUGCUGCUCUCGUGCUCGCGUGUGGAGCCUCUUUCAUCAUCUCGCCGGUGAUGAUCUUCCGCGCAGAGUGGCUGGUGCGGAAGACGGGGGCAUUGGCCCCGAACGAGAAGUUUCAUCCUAUCGCAAAGCGCUUUCUCGUCGCCUUCGAAAUGACGGUGCUGUCGCUAGCUGGUCUAGCAGCAAGGUCCUGUGCUGUGGGUGAUGCUGCAGACCGGGUCUUCUGGGCACGGAUCAUGGCGAUUCCCUGUGCAUCACUGUGCACGACCCUGAGCCUCUUUGGGUAUGAGAAAGAUCACGCGUUCCACAACAAGCACACGGGUGCCAAGGCUUUUGGGGGCUUGACUACCGCGCUCCUGCUUGGUGGCGUCGCCUUCCCCGAGACCGACCUCUGA